UGUGUGUGUAACAUCCAGCGGCACGUUUGUUUCUCUCUGUGCACAGCAUUGUGCAGAAGUGUUGAUUGGCUGUGCGCAGGCGCUCUGAAGCUCAGCAUUGAUCUGUGGAAAGUUGAGCAUUGGAGGAGGCGCGCGGUCUCAAGCAGUGGCUUAUCGGAUGUUCCUCAAGUUCAGCACAUCAGCUGUUGCUGUGUAUGUGAUGGUGCCCUGAUAUCAGUGCGGUCUGGCCCUGGUCAGCCCGCUUCGGUCCAGGUCAGAUCAGCCUGUUACCGGCAGCAUGGCAUUCGGAGUUCAGCUCGCGCUCUCGGCUCUCCGCGUCGUGCUGAUGCUCGCGGUCUGCUCCGGUGACAGUCUGUCUAACGAAGCAAAUCCAACCAAUCAGCUGGGGCCUUUUGAUAAAGUGGAACACUAUGGAUCUACAGAACCAUGGCUUCUCAUUGGUGGACAGAAAAGACCAAUCAGCCUUUUGCAAUCAAUGGGACAUCAUCCUGCAUCACUAAGGCUCCAGAUUGAGGCGGAAGGCAAACAGCUGCUGCUCAUUCUGCAGAAAAAUGAGGGGCUUUUUGCCAGUCACUACACAGAAACGCACUACCUGGAUGGAGGGAAGCCCAUCACCACAUCUCCCAGCUCCAGAGUAAACUGUUACUACCAUGGAGAGGUGAAGGGUUAUACACAUUCUGACGUCAUCCUCAGUACCUGCACGGGAAUCAGAGGGCUGAUCACACUGAAAGAUAAAGUGUUGGUGCUGGAGCCAGCGCAGAAUCCCAAUGACACCCUGCAUCAUAUCUUUAGAGGAGAGCGUCUCACCUUGCAGCAUGGGACAUGUGGACACGGACACAACGUCUCCAACAUUGCAGGACUCUCCGAUGGUACCAGAAGCUUUUUCAGCUCACAUGGGCACAGGUACAAGAGACAAGCCCAGAGCAGCACUAAAUAUGUUGAACUGAUCAUUGUAGCAGACAACCGAGAGUAUCAGAAACAAGGCAAGGAUGUGGAGAAAGUGAAACAGAGACUGGCUGAGAUCGCCAAUUAUGUGGACAAGUUCUACAGAGCACUUAAUAUCCGUGUCGCCCUGGUAGGGCUGGAGGUGUGGAGUGACUCAGACAAAUGCCCUGUCUCUCAGGACCCGUUCACCACAUUACAUGAAUUCCUGGACUGGAGGAAACUCAAGCUUUUACCACAGAGACCACAUGAUAAUGCCCAGCUUAUCAGUGGGGUAUAUUUUCAGGGCACCACCAUCGGCAUGGCUCCUAUCAUGAGCAUGUGUACAGCCGAGCAGUCGGGGGGCAUCGUCAUGGACCACUCUGAUAACCCCCUUGGAGCUGCAGUUACUUUGGCUCAUGAGCUUGGACAUAACUUUGGAAUGAACCAUGACACACCGGAGCGGGGGUGUGGAUGCAGGGUGACAGCGGAGCGAGGCGGUUGCAUCAUGACUCCUUCAACUGGAUACCCUUUCCCCACUGUGUUCAGUUCAUGCAGUAAGAAGGACCUGCUGGUGAGUUUGGAUAAGGGAGUGGGGAUGUGCCUCUUCAACAUGCCUGAGAUGAAGGUGCUCUACGGAGGGCAGAAGUGUGGCAACGGAUAUGUAGAAGAGGGGGAGGAGUGUGACUGUGGAGAUCUUGAGGAAUGUAUGAACCCAUGCUGUAAUGCCAGCACAUGCACAUUGAAGUUGAAUGCAGUGUGUGCGCAUGGCCAGUGUUGUGAAGACUGUCAGCUGAAGACUGCAGGAACACUGUGCCGAGAGCCUGCUAACUCAUGUGACCUGCCAGAGUUCUGCACAGGUUCUGACCCUCACUGUCCUGCUAACGUCUACCUGCACGAUGGUCACAUGUGUCACGGUGUGGAUGGAUACUGCUACAAUGGCAUCUGCCAAACACAUGAACAGCAAUGCAUCACACUCUGGGGUCAGGGUGCAAAGCCAGCUCCAGGCAUCUGUUUCGAGAGGGUGAACUCAGCAGGAGACCCAUAUGGCAACUGUGGAAAAGACUCUAAGGGCUCAUUCGCUAAAUGUGAAGCACAAGACGCUAAAUGUGGGAAGAUCCAGUGCCAGGGUGGGGCAAAUCGGCCAGUAAUCGGAACCAAUGCGGUUUCCAUAGAGACCAACAUCCCAUUGCCGGAAGGUGGGCGUAUUCUGUGCCGGGGGACUCAUGUGUAUCUGGGUGAUGACAUGCCAGACCCAGGGCUGGUACUGACUGGAACCAAGUGUGGCAACAACAUGGUGUGUCUGAAUCGUCAGUGUCAAAACAUCAGUGUCUUCGGCGUUCAUGAGUGUGCGUCCAAGUGCAGCGGCCGUGGGGUGUGUAAUAAUAAAAAGAAUUGUCACUGUGAGGCACACUGGGCUCCUCCUUUAUGUGAUAAAUCUGGAUUUGGAGGCAGUGUGGACAGCGGACCAGUGAGACAAGCAGAUGGCGAAAGCAUAAAGGUGGGCAUCGUGGUAGCGUUCCUGUGUUUGCUUUGUGUGGCUAUGAUUGUCUGUGUUAAGAGGAAGACUCUGGUCAGCCUCUUCAUCAAUAACAAGAAAAACAACAUUGAGAAGUUAAGGUCAGUGGGACCAAGCAGGCUCGGUCAAGGACACACAAUUUCAGCCCCGGAGACACAAACACACACCACAUGCAGAGCAUCGCCUCAUUGUCAAGCUCCAGCCAUACCACAAAGUGACAGCAUAUAUAAGCCCCAGUGUUCUCUCCCAGUCUUGAAUGCUGUUGUCGGUUCACACACUCUCCGUGCUCUGCCUCAGUGUCCUCCACUCCACCUGAGCCCACUAUUACCAUUGCCCUUUGCCCCACCCACCCACCGUGCCCCUCCACCUCCUCUGCCACACACCCCCUCACCCCGCCACAGAGCCCCUCCAGUACCGCACACACUCUCCCACCUCCACACUCCAGCACGAGGAGCCUCUCUCCUCACCUUAAGCUGCCAGAACACCUGCAGGAUGGCCAUGGAGAUGGAGAAGCCAAGCCCGCCUCAGAAGCCUUUGCCUGCCGACCCAUUAGGACGGAGCUCUAAGCUGGGACGGAGCCCACUUGCAACACAUCUUCCAGUUCCUGGUUCAGCAGCACCCAUCAUACAGACCAACAGACCGCCUCUUAAGCAGCCCCCUGCACUGCCAAAGCAUCAGUUCUUCACAGGGAUGAAGAAGCCCUGUAGCUGAGACAGAAGUCUGUGAGAACUGCAGUUUAAUCUGUUUUGCACUAUGAAACUCUGCUGGUCCUCAUGAACAGUGUGUAACGCUCGUGACGGCUUGACGGUUCGAUCCCUCGGUGCUACGCCUCCCUCCUUCUCCGGUGCUAUGAGUCAACCCUCAGGUACACAUCGUACAUUAUUUAUGUUCAUCAAAAUUAUUUAUUUCUACGUUGUUUGGGACAUUUUUGUAGCAUUUUGCCCUGAUAUUGAUUAGAACUCCGAAUACUAGCGUGAUUCAGCAGUAUGGAGGGAGGCCUUAAAGAGAAAUAAUCUACCCUGUGAAAAUAAAUUGAAGACUGUAACGUUGGUGCUUUUCAUGCUAAAACUGGAACAGAGUUUAGAAAGGAACAGAUUUGCUCUGUUGCUGCGUAACAUAAUGCGUCAUAGUCGUAAAAUAAGAUCGAGAGACUCGUCUCACACCACCAUAAUGGGACGAUUUGUGUCUGUAAGUUUAUAAUAGACUUAGAGAGGAAGUAAAGACAGCUGCGUGUUCCCUCUCAUGGCAGUUAGACAAUAAACAGUAUUCAAUUUGAUUGUUGAGUCAUAAUACAUAAUACACUGGUGUUUUUUCAGUAUUAUCCCUAUCCACUGCAUCUGUAGUGUGUUUGAUAACAGCUUAUCUUUUCAACUCGUUUUCUGGUAUUUCACUAGAAACUUACUUAUAGAAGGCAUUUGUUGAAUUCUGUUGUACUUUACAGAUGCCCCAACAAAUGCCCUUACACCGCUAUUAGUACAUUUUUGAGUUAUUUUCUUAUUAGUACAUUUUUGAGUUAUUUUAUUUUCAGUACACACUAUUAAUUAAUGGUGCUUGCAAAGCAACAUUCUUGUUAUUGUGCCGGACAAAAACUCGGCACGAAACUUCUCCCGCAGCUUUUGUCCUUAGACCCAUGAAUGAGAUGUCAAAUCGACCGGCUCAUUGAGGAGAUGUGUGCUAUGACUUUUAUAAGCGAUCGGAAUUCCGGAAUUCCCGGUACGGAAGCUCAAAAUGGCUUAUUUUCCCCAUAGAUUUCCAUUAUAAAUUUUGGAGGUUUAUAACUCCGAUUUACCCCAAACUCGACCAGCUCCUUUAGGACCUUAUUCCAGACAAAGAAUUCCAGACUACCCACCGGGUAGUCACGUGGCAUCACGUGUAGCCCCGCCCCCAAAAUAAGCGAAAUCAAAACGUUAGCACAACAUGGACGUGUCAUAUAUCAAAACACUCAGCACGAUGAGGGGAACUUGCCACGUGCAAGCACCAUUCACAUUUUCUUCAGGAAAUGUACAUUCUAGUUUCUACAUAUUAUUCAAUACAGCAUUAUAUUUUUUUCACAGUAGACAGCAGUGUGUUGAAAUAAAAAAGAACUAUGCUACAGAGGCAGCAGACAGAGAUUAUGACAGAAAUGUUCCAGUGUAUACCUUUAAAAUAUAUUAGAAAAUCCCAGUUAUUCAAGCAAUCUUCUUGUGUCUUUACCUGAACGCUCUGGGAUUCUUUUCUCUCCUCUAAAAUAAAGAGAUUUGCUUCAUAGGUUAUGGAUGAUGACGGUUAAAGGAGGUGAUAUUGAGACAUUUGCACACCACGACUAAGUCAGUGAAACGAUUUCUAGUGGGUAUUUUUUAGAACAUGAUCAUACAAACACUUGACAUCUGUAGCAAACUGGAGUGUGUAUGCAGGGAACUCUUUCAGCUGUGACAGUGUGUGUUUUCACUGAGCCUACAUUUAUUUGAAAUCUAGACAAUGUAGAGCCUUAUAUUUUUUAUACAUAGCACGUACCAUCAUGUUACUGUGGCUUGCUUUUGGGUGAAAUAUGUUGUUUUAAAGAAAUAAUGGGUGUCCACGGCAGUCACUAGCUUUUAUUUUUUAUUUUUUUUACAUUUGCUUAUAAAAAUGGAUUACUUCAUGUGAUAUGUUAGCUAUAUUUUCACUCAUACGCUUAUAUGGCAUAUACUAAAACAUCAGUUCAGUUUAUGAUUUAAAGACAGUCUGAGAAUCUUUGCAAGUCUAGAUUCUUUUUUCAGUGGUAAUCAUGGAGCACUAUAGUAUGUUAAUCAUGUUGCUUGUCUUGUUAUGCAGUCUGUACUUUCUGUAGUCACUUUUUACCACUUUGUAACCGUCUUUCACUUGUAUCGGUAUUUCUUCACAGACAAAAUAUGAUACUGAUUUUCUUUCUUUUUGCUGAGCGACUGCGAAAACGAACGUUUUGUACGACAAAUCUUUGAUAAGUCAUAUGUUAGGGAGGGGAUGUAGGGAGUGUAAAUAUCUGUGUUUUGAUUACAAAUUAUGAACCAGUGUUAAGUAAAGUUGUCUAUGAAAAUGA